UGAUGCUUUGCGCCGUCGCCGGCAAUCUGUCAAAAUUUUGUUUGUCGUUCGCAUCGCGUCGCAGCUCAAUCUCCGAACAGUAAAGUAAAUUUCUCGGUUUUCACUGCUUAAACCACCCGAAGUGAUGUGCUAGUGCGAGGAAUAAUCUACUUAGGAUCGAGUUUCACACCGAAGGCGACGACACAAAGCUCCGCCUGUUCUCAGCGCGAUGAAUCUUUACCACUACCUCAACUCGGUGCAGCGGGUUUGGAAUGCCGGGGAGGGACAGGCCGUGGCCCGGUUACUGUCCCUGUCGGACCAACACGUCAACAAUUCGACUCUGCACGUGGAAUACCCGGAGACGGCCGUUGAUCGACAGUUGGAAUCUCCGCUGGAUGAAGUCGUUUCCUGCCAUCUGAAGGUGCUGUUCUAUCUCACAAAAGAACCACGCAACUACAGCGAGGCCUACAAGCAGCAAACGAACUGCAUCCAGGCCGUGGUCAAGAUGCUUCAGGUGAUGAAGGACGAAAACUGGUUCCUCCCGAUCAUGUACACUGUGGCCAUCGAUCUCCGGCGAUUGGCCGCCAAAUGCGAGGAGCAGCUCAAAACGUCCAAACCCGGAGAAAUUCUGGAAAAAGCCGCCGAGUGCCUGAUGGCCUGCUUCCGGGUUUGUGCAGCGGAUAAUCGCGCCUCCGAUCAGGACACCAAACGACUGGGAAUGCUGAACCUGGUCAAUCAGCUGUUCAAGGUGUACUUCCGGAUCAACAAGCUCAAUCUGUGCAAACCGCUGAUUCGAGCGAUCGACAGUUCCAAUUUCAAGGAUUCGUUCAGUCUGGCGCAGAGAAUCACGUACAAAUACUUUGCCGGAAGGAAAGCCAUGUUCGAUUCGGACUACAAAAAUGCGGAUGAGUAUUUGAGUUUCGCGUUCGAACACUGUCCGAGAAAGUUCACCAAGAACAAGCGACUAAUCUUAACCUAUUUGGUCCCGGUGAAGAUGCUUCUGGGAUACAUGCCUCGGAAGGAAGUCCUGGAGCGGUACAAUAUGCUCCAAUUCUACGAGUUGACCGUUGCUCUGAAGGAAGGAAACGUGAGGCGGUUCGACGAGGUCAUCCAGAAGCACGAGGCGUUCUUUAUCAACGCUGGAAUCUACCUCAUCGUGGAGAAGCUGAAGAUUCUCGCCUACCGGAAUCUGUUCAAGAAGGUGUACCUGAUCCUGCAGACGCACCAAAUCGAUUUGAAUGCAUUUUUGACGGCCCUGCAGUGGGUGGGCGAGGAAGAGCUGACGAUGGACGAAACGCACUGCAUCGUGGCCAAUCUGAUCUACGAGGGACGGAUCAAGGGAUACAUCAGCCAUCAGCAUAAUAAGCUGGUGGUUUCGAAGCAGAACCCCUUCCCGAAUGUCAUUGUGAAUUAGGUUUGUUGAUGAAUAAGCAAAAUGUUUCGGUUUUAAGCUAUCCUCUCUGAGAAAGAA